AUCCUAACGUAAUAGGUGACUAAACACACAUUCCUAUGCUGGAGAUUUACAUAAUCCUUUAGAGCACUGUGAGAGUACCAGAGGCUUUGGCAGACAGAGGAAAACCUACGAAAGAGGAUGAACAAGCUGCAGAGACUGCUUCAGAACAAGAUCCUAAUCCUGACAAUAUGUGCUGCUGGGAUUGGAGGCACUUUCCAGUACGGUUACAACAUCUCCAUCAUCAAUGCUCCAGCCUCAUACAUCCAGAUGUUCAUGAACACGACCUGGCUGGAGCGCAUGGGCGUUCCCCUGGAGAGCAACGUCAUCCUGCUGCUCUGGUCCUUCACUGUCUCUGCCUACCCUCUGGGAGGCCUCACGGGGGCUGUGGUUGCUGGGCCCAUGGCCAUCAUGCUGGGCAGGAAGAUGUCCCUGCUGCUGAACAAUGUCUUUGUGAUCAUAGCUGCAACCUUGUCCGGCUUCAGCCGAAUGGCCAAAUCCUUUGAAAUGAUUAUGCUCAGCAGAUUUUUCACUGGUGUGAAUGCAGGUGUAAGCAUGAACAUUCAGCCCAUGUAUCUGGCAGAGAGUGCCCCAAAGAAGCUCAGAGGAGCUGUGGCCUUGACCUCUGCAUCGUUUACAGCCCUGGGGCUGGUGCUGGGGCAGGUUGUUGGACUCAGGGAGCUCCUAGGAGGGGAGGAGAACUGGCCAUUGCUCUUAGCAAGCAAUGUGGUUCCUGCUCUGAUCCAGCUCACAGCUCUGCCUUGGUUCCCUGAAAGUCCCAGAUAUCUCUUGAUUGACCGUGGAGACAAAGAAUCCUGCAUCUCUGCACUGCAGAAGCUCAGAGGCACCAGUGACCUGAGUGCAGAGCUGGAAGAGAUGCUGGCAGAGCAGGCUGCUGUUAAAGGCCAGAGAGCAAAGAACCCGUGGGAGCUGUUCCAGAACCCAGCUCUGAGGUGGCAGCUGGUGAGCAUCGUGGUGCUGAGCAGCGCCAUGCAGCUCUGCGGGAACGACUCGAUGUAUUUUUAUGCAGCCUAUGUGUUCCAAGAGGCUGGAAUUCCUCAGGACAAGAUCCCCUAUGUUGUAAUCGGCACGGGAAGCUGUGAGCUGAUCACAUCUGUCACUUGUAACAUGAUUAUAGACUACGCCGGUCGGAGGCCGCUGCUGCUGGGGGGAUAUAUCUUCAUGGCAGGAUGGGCCAUUGUCUUCAUGGUCGCUCUGAGCCAGCAGACUCAGAUUAGCUGGAUGCCUUAUCUCAGCAUGGCCUGCAUUUUCGCCUAUAUCCUGAGCUUUGGAAUCGGACCAGCUGGUGUAACAGGAGUUCUGCCCACAGAGGUUUUUGAUCAAAUGUCCCGCCCAGCUGCUUACAUGAUCUGUGGCUCCCUGCUCUGGUUCAACCUGUUUCUGGUUGGAACAGCCUUUCCAUUCAUUGUGAAGAGUCUAGCACAUUUCUGCUACAUCCCAUUCCUUGUGGUCUGUGUCUGCACUGCCCUCUACGUUUGGUUUUUCCUUCCUGAGACAAAGGGAAAGUCCUUCCUGGAAAUCUCGGAGGAGUUCAGGAAACGGAACUUCAGAACUAGGAGCCGUGCAGGUUUCUAUAAAGGCCCUGAGGAGAUCAAAACCACCACAUUGUAGCAGAAGAGAGGAAGAUGGUGUCUGGGGGAAUUCUGCAGUGAAUUCAGCAGUGGCUAUGUGCCCUUGCAGGGACACAAAGAGAGAACUUAGGGACAAUGUAUUUACUCUUAGGUUCACCUUGAAAACAUACACUUGAACUGAUAAAUCCAAGCAAAAGUUCAAUAAUCUGUUCUCAGCUUUUAGUACUGAGUAACACAUGUAUAUUUUAGAAUCCAUAUCAGAGAGUGACAGAAUGAUGCCUUAUUCUCUUAUCAUCAUACAACACCAUGUAACACUUUAGAAAAUUUCUUCACAAUUUCUCCAAACAGUAAUUCCCAUUUCAGAAGUCCUUCUUUCCUUGCCCCUGAAUCUGGGCUUUCUAACACAGAAAUUAAUGCGAUUAAAUUCUGUUUUCAGACACCAGAUGAAAUUUUCAGUACCUUGUCGUGGUGCUCCCGUUGUUUCUGUUAUUAAGUGAUUUCAAAUAGACCCCUACUUGUUAAGCAAUAGUGAACAGUUAAUUAUUUUCAGCUAUAAAAACAUGUGACAGAUGGAUUAGAAAGAAAGCUUCUAGUACUUGCUAAGUGGCUUAUUAUACAACAGACUUUUGGGCAUUGUUUUGCAGACUAUUUAUUCUGGACUGGUUUUCUUCAUGGCUUGUUUGUUGUCUUCCAGGCCUCUGUUGUAAAGCACAAGUAAUUCCCUGGUCCAGUUUGUUCUGCUCCCAGGGACACUGCUGGUGCAUCUUGUAGGGUUUUGCACCUGUGCAUCUGCUUUUGGAUGUGGAUCUUUAGAUCACACCACAGUGUUCUCUGCAGCAUGUCCUUGUUGUGUCCUUAGAGCACACUGGCAAAGACCCAGAUGUGACUGAUUCUUUUUAGUUAACCUGAUACAGAACAGGGAGCACUCCUCAUUGAACAUUUCACAGGCAUUGGCCUGACUGCUUAAGUUUCUUUUAGUUUCUUCUCAAAGUCAUCAUCAAGCCACCUCUUUUCUUUUGACUUUGUAUGAAAGUCACAGCACUGCUCAUGUUUGCAACAAAGAAGAAUACAUACAUUUUCAAAAUAAGUAGGUAAAGUUUCUUUCAGUGUAUUUUUAAACUAAAUUUUAAAGAAAAAUGCAGUGUUUUUGAAUAAAAAGACUAAAAAUUUCUGGAGUGUAUUACUAUCAUGCUGGGCAUGAGUGGAGCAGCAGAUCUAUUUCUCAGAAGAGGAAUCUGUGCAAGAACUCUCUUUCACUACCCAAAGUUUAUAACAUAUGAAAAAUAAAAACUUGUUUUCCUUUGUGGUUGCUGCUAUUUUAGAAUUCAUUAAUAUACAGACAUGGGCAAGAGCAGCUACCUCUGCUCUUGGAAAACACUGAGAUUUUGAAGUAUGCAGAAUUUUGAGGCAAGGCAAUCAAGAGCAGAAGUCCAGAGAAUUAGGAACUGAAAAGAUAUUUUUAAUUACUAUAGUUUGGAGAGAGCAGUGAGGGGAAAAUGGAAAGAGUCAAAGCAAAAAGUGCCACUACCAUCAUGAUGGUGGCAAAAUAUUCUGUGAUGAGAACCAGAGGAAGGAGAUGACAGAAGUGAAGCAGAGAAGAGUGAAGAAGGGAAGCAGUGGGGAGCAUGCAGGGAAGGAAGCAGGGAUGGAGUGAGGAGAUUGCCUGGGCAGAGGGAGAGGCCUGGCUCACUCUGCUGGAACAUUCAGGUCAGAGAAGUCCUCCAGUGUCCAGAGGUCCUCACCUUGGCCACUUCUGUGGCCACUCCCGUGAGUCAGGACUGUGCCACUUUUCCCACAGCCCUGCAAGGCAGAGGUCAUCUGCACCUGCCAGUGUGAAAGAGGCUUGGAGAGAAAUGACACACAUUUACUUGACUUCCUGACUUUUAGAGCUGGUUCUGUGAGUACAUGUGGCAGAAAACAUUAAUUCCAACUUCCAGCAUUUUUUUUUCUGACUAUGGCCUUAAAUCAGGGGUCUAUAAACUGAUUAAGCAAACACAGUGGUUAUAUUUUAGUUGGUUUAAGUUGUUAAAUUUUAAUGGAAGCAUUUAACAAGUUGGUUAAUUGAUAUUGAAUUAAAACACCUUCAACUGAGAAAUCUAUGACACUUGUUC